GAAAACAUGAUGUUUUUAAUGAUUUUCUGUUUCUCGUUACCAGGUAAGGUCGCUGUAGAAUUUACAAUGAUGCAUAUGAAAAUUUUUUAAUACGAGUAUACAUGGAACAGGGCUUUUAGUAGUGAAUUUAAGAGCCAAUAGUUUAAAUUAGACCUAGAGAUACUGCGUGCAGUAUAGUAACCACAAAGAAAGCGAUAUAUCCUAAUAUUUUUAAAUGUGCUUACAAAUAUAUUCUUUUUCACUUCGUAAGACGUAAUAUACUGAUGAGUUUUUUGCCAAAGAAAUCUGAGAUAAUCGUAUCUGAACACAUGCGACGAUACUGCAUGUAUAUAUGCGAUACGAUUCGUAACUGAUUUGAGAUAUCGUGCAGUUUAGCGAUAUUUCUUCUUCAUUUUCUGUUUAUUUUUACAAAAAAGCUUUGAUGCGUGAUUUAACAUUUCUUUAAUAAUGUCUAGGAGAACAACAGAAUACUUCAUAGAUGCUUGGAAACAUUCAAAAUGGUUCCUCUAUAUAUUUCUCGUUCGCUUUGCUCGCUCAUGAGAUAUUGUUAAUUCAAAACUCGAAAUAAUUCGGCAAUGUCAAAUUUCCGUGUUCGAUAAUUUAUUAUUUGGCGCAUUACAUAAAAUUAUCAAAAUAUAUGAGCAAAUUUACUCAUUUUGUUUGAGUAAAUUUUCAAAUUUACCCAAUUUUUGGAGAGGCAUUAUUUUUCUAAACUUUUUCGGAGGCGAAAUUUUUUUGCAGUGCAUAAAUAUACUACUAUAUAUAUAACAGUAAAAUUAAAAAUGCUAUACUACUAUCGAAUGUUCAAAAAGAAAAAUUGCACUUACAUUCUGAGAAUGUUUAGGCGACAGCAAGCUCUUGACAUUCCGUACCGUCGGGCUUGAAAUAUAUAUAGUACAUGAUAAUAUUAUCUUGCUUCUCAUAUUCUUGAUCAUUAACCUAAACAGACAGAGAUUUAACGUUAUUGAAUUAGCUUGCAGCCGUAAACGUUUUCAAGUAAUAUUUUAGCUUACAUCCGGAAGGCCAUGCAUGACCGACCACGUAUUUUAAUUCUAUCAUUCAUAGAAAACUUCUUUUUAAAAAAACAUGUAUAUGUACAAGGCUAUUUUUUACAUAGUUUUUCAAAUCUGACUAGGAGGAUUGAACUGGAUUUCAAGUCAACGUAAUUUGAUCAACCGGACAAAAUGCGAGGACUUGAAAUCUAGUCUAGUCCGAAUGGACCAUUUGCAUGAUAGGCUAAAUUUUGAUCUAGACAAAAAUUCAUCACAGCUUGAAAGAGCAUCGCAAAAUUAGUAAUAAUUUAUUCCAAAGUUUCGUUGCGAAAUGUUGUAAAAUGCGGAUAAUAUAGCCUUGCGAAAUUUGCAAUUUUCAGUCAUUUUGUAUUACAAACGGGAAAUUGAUGCCCCAACACCAGAUUGGGCUGUCAAUUUCCCGUGCGUAAUACAAAAUGACUGAAAAACGGCAAACUUCGCAUGGCUAUAUUAUCCGCAUUUUACAACAUUUCGCAACGAAACUUUGGAAUAUUACUAAUUUUGUGAUGCUCUUUCAAGCUGUGAUGGUCCGCAAAUUUUGGUCUAGAUCAAAAUUUAGUCUAUCAUGCAAAUGGUCUAUUGGAGGAUUUGAAAUCGGACAUCUCGUACGAAUAAAUCACUACUUAAAGUAAGGCGAAUUAAUUUUGAUCCAGUCCAAGGACUGAGCAAAAUAAAGCAAUAUGGUUGGCUAAUUUUUAUGAAUUAAUAAUGAGUUGAGAUACACAUGUAUAUUGCAUGGUCUUAGUUUUUAGUCCAACACUUUUAGAGAGAGCCGCCAAUCGUUGAGAAAUAAUAUAAAUAUGGAUGAGAUAGAUUUGUGUUUUGAAGACGGUAUAAGACUUCAAUAAUAUCAAUGUGAUGUUUUCGUAUAGCUAUGUUGUUGGCAAAUCAGAAAGAGGCAGAACUAAUGAACAUGCUUUUGAAAGUUCAAAACUACAAUACGCGAGUUCGUCCAGUUUUACAGGAAAAUAAACCAAUAGUUAUCCGACAUGGAGUGAUUCUCAAGGAUAUUUCUGACAUAGUAAGUAUAAUAUCAUGAAAGUGAGCAAAUAAAUGAAAACCUGUUGACUGAAAGAUGGUAUUACUCUGUGAUGGCCAUGUAUAUGACACCAGUAUGGAAAAAAACUUGUCAAGCUUUUUUUCUAUCACACACCCAAAAAUCUCACUGCUUGUUGUACCAGUUGUUGAUAGGUUUGGAACAAGUUGUUACCAUCUCGUAACAAGGUUGAUGAGGCCAACAGAUUCGCAACAUUUUGUUUUAACAAGUCUGAUAUCGUGUGCACGAAACAAUUUGUUAACAAGUUGAGGACAACAAGCUCGUAGAAAAUUGUUACGAACAAGCCUGUAUUAGUCUUUUUCGGACAACUUGUAGUAGCAAGUCUGUUACCGUCAUCAACCUUAAUGUAACAAGGUGCAUGAGCCAUGAUCAAUUAGAGGACAAACUUUGUCCUGUGCAGCCAAUCACAACACAGCACUGACUUAAGGUAGCCAAUAGCAUUCCCUUAUUUGUAUAGAUCAUGUACGCGUGAUAUUUGCAAAAUUUCGAUUUUUUGAAAUCUCCAAAUGUUUGGGUGGAUAAAAAGUAAGCUAUUUACCUGCUUAAUUCGGGGGUUUUCUUUUUAUUAUAUAAAACAAAUAGAUAAUAUUUUGCCGUUGUCUGUUCAGUUCUAGUAUGACGUCAUAAUGUGGAAAGACCAAAAAACUGACCCACUCGCCUCGGCGGCUUGUGAUCAACUUUAUGACGUCAUACUGUGUAUCCAAUAUAACUGAACAGACAACGGCAAAAUCUUAUCUAUUGGUUAACUAGAAUAUGAUAUAAAAUGUUCAUUCACACGCUUUUAUUUACAGUUGAUCUUUCUAUCUUUAUUUAGAAUGAAAAACAACAAAAGAUGAUAGUCAACGUUCUUCAAAAAAUUGUAAGUUAAUUUUAAGCAAACUGAAGUGAGUUAAUCACUGGAAAUAUUUUUCAAAAUCGUUGGAAAUAGCAGGGAAAUCAAACAUACUAUUUCAUACUAAUUGUAAUUUCUGCACUAUGGAUAUAGUAUGGAAAUAGUAUGGAUAUAGUAUGGAUAUACUAUGGAUUUAGUGGUGCAGUUGCAAAUUUCAUAGCAUGGAUUUCACAAUUUUUUCCAGUGAAUAUAAUAUGACAGUUUAUGUAAUAUUUCAAAUCCUCCAAUUCGGACUGGACUAGAUUUCAAGUUCGUGCAAUUUGAUCAAGUCCGAGGCGAAGCCGAGUAUAUUUAUACGAAUAAAUCACGACUUAGAGUGAGGUGAAUUAAUUUUGAUCCAGUCCAAGGACCGAGUUAUUUUUUAUUCAGUCCUAGGACUGGAUCAAUAUACUUUAUACUAGAUUUCCAGUAUUAUCAUGUGAGCAAAAUAAAGCAAUAUAUGUUUGGCUAAUUUACUCAUGAAUUAUUAAUGAGUGUUUGAAGUGGAAAUAAAAAGUAUAUCGUAAUCUUCAAUUCAACAGAGGUGGAAAGAUGAAGUCUUAAACUGGGAUCCUGCUGAUUAUGGUGGAAUUGAAGAGAUCAACGUUCAUUCGAGUCACGUCUGGGUUCCACGGCUGUUGCUUUAUAACAAGUAUGUUAAUAUAGUCAAGUUAUAGACCUAAGAGAGGGACCUGCCAGAAGCACCUGAGUUAGGUUAUAGGAAGUAAUAUUAGAUCCACGAAAAAAAAUUGGCAAUUACACUCUAAAACUAGAGGGCACUCAGAGACUGCAUACCUCCGCCUACGCGCAAAAUAUUGAAGUAAUCUAUUGUUAUUAGAAUUUGAAUGGCUGGUGCAUAUAUUGUGCACGUCCUAAUUACGCAUUCAGUAUAAAGUUUUAUUUAAUUGACCGGGAAAAGCAAGACAAACUUUUGUUAUUUCUCAUUCAAUUUUUAACCAAAUUCAACCAAAUUUUAAUCAGUUCUUCCUUAGCCGAUGGGAAAUGCACUCACAAAAUUUCGUACGGAUAUGUUUGGUAUUUCUUGAGUUAUCGUGCUCACAGACAAACACACACACAUACACACACACACACACACAUACACACACAUACAUACAAACCCAGAUGAUUACAUAACCUCCUGGCGGAGGUAACAAACCCAGAUGAUUACAUAACCUCCUGGCGGAGGUAACAAACCCAGAUGAUUACAUAACCUCCUGGCGGAGGUAAUUACAUAACCUCCUGGCGGAGGUAAUAAACAUACAAACCCAGAUGAUUACAUAACCUCCUGGCGGAGGUAAUAACACCAUGGUUGAAAAUUUCCUGGUUUUAAAGGACAUUAAUCGGAAAAAAAAUUAGUUUGUCUCAUUCAAAAGAAUUCUUAAAAUUAUACAUUAAACUCUAUUACCGAUUUGUCAUAUCUUGCUUAGUUCUCGAAAUAUUUAGACCGAAAAUAAUGAGCUGUCCUCCAUGUUGGACUAAAUGUCAGACAGCAACAAGAAACGAAACUUUGGACCUACUGUAUAUUGAUCGCUUACUCUCAAGAUAAAAAAUAGCGUGACCCCUCUCUUGAUGUAGCAUGCAUAGUAUCCUCAAUAAUCCAAGAUGGCGAACAGCUCACUUUUUUCAGUCGAAAUAUUUUGAAAAGUAAGCAAGAUAUAAACAAUCUGUAAUAAAGUUUAAUAUCUAGUUUUAAGAGUUCUAUCAAAUGAACUAAACUAAUUUUUUAUUGCCAAUGCCCUUCAAUCUAAACUUAACACUGUUAAGGGUAACUAAAUGUUGCUGGUUAAAUUACCUGGUUAAUAGCCCACGUAACAUGAUCUGGUUAAAUUGUAAACCAGGAAUCUGGUAGUCUGGGACUGCACGCAGGCUAGGAAUCUGGUUAAAUUAGCCAAAACAAUAUGUGAUCAAAUUAACGAGGACUGUGGUAAAAUUAACCAGGAAAUGUAACCAGGAAUAUUAAGUUACCCCAAACUAUGUUAAUUUUAGAUUAACAAAGAAAUUAUUAAGCAGGGUUUUUUGAGUGUAUUAUUCUCUAUAUAUAUAUAUUUGGUACCGGUUCAAUCAGCCAGGAUUAUGAUCAAAUUAACCAGAAACAUUGUUAAUUUUAGAUUAACCAUGAAUUUUUAAUCAGGAUGUUUUAGAGUAAUGUACUAGGUACCCAAUCCGACCUGUCGGCGUUCAGAAUGAUAGCUCAACGGGGUUCUUUUCAGUUCAAGCGGGGGGGGGGGGGGCAUUGAACAAAGUUAGGUCGCUGAUUUUGUUCUUAAAUAUUCAUGGCAUCAAGCGUCCCGCUGUGGUUUUGAUAAUGCAGUGGUUAUUGCAUAUUUCAAAAAAGGCUGUCCUUCAAAAAUCCCAAACCUUAAACUCUAAACGCGCAAGGUGUGAUGGGUAACUUCUUACUUGAGGCCUAAAACGUGCAAAUUUUGGAUUGUAACUUUCGGCAAGACAGAUAAUAAGCGCUGAAGAUGUACAAGUAGCAGUGUACUAGGAUUAUUUACCCAAUCAAAAGCCCUGAAAAGAAGUUACCCAUCACUCUUUGUGCGCUUAGAGUUAAAAGUUUGAGAUUUUCGAAGUACAACCUUUUUUUAAUUAACUGUAUACCAUUCACGUACGACACCAUCUCCAUUCACAUACGACACCACCUAUAUACCUCCAAAUUCGAAACAAUACGCUACGCUUUUUAAAAAAGCUUUGAAUUAAAAUAGAUAUUUAACUGUUUUUCUUCACAGUGCGGACGAUAAAUACCCUAUCGAACGAGAUGACGCUUCAACAAGACUUUUGUUGAAGUAUAAUGGCAAUAUUACAUGGGUUGUCCCGGAUGUGUUCAAGAGCUCUUGCAGAAUUAAUGUGCAGUAUUUUCCUCUGGAUGAGCAGGUACAGAAAAAGCAAUAACUUAAACACGAUUGGACAACGCGGCGCGAUUUUUCAGUUUUUGAAAGCUUUUAAAACCGCCAAUGAAAAGAAAUUUUUAAAAGAUAUGUAGACCAAAUGUUAUACCGCAUCUCAAACUCAUUAAUAAUUCAUGAGUAAAUUAGCCAACCAUAUUGCUUUAUUUUGCUCACAUGAUAAUACUGGAUACCUGAUGAAGUACAUUGAUCCAGUCCUAGGACUGGAUUAAAAUUAAUUCAGCCUUGGACUGGAUCCAAACGAAUUAAUUAGUGAUUUAUUCGCAUGAAAAUCCUCCAAUUCGGACUGGACUAGAUUUCGCAUUUUGAUCCAAAAUCUAGACCAGUCCUCAUAGUCGGAUAUGAAAUAUUACAUCUAAAUAUUUGGAAAACUUGAACUAUAGGAUCAAAGUUAUCUAUCUGUGAAAAUCGGAAAAUCGCGCCGCGUUGUCGAAUCGCGUCCGGUGUGUGUCGGCCUUGAGGCUUCGCCAAUUAAGUUAGAGUUAUAAACCGAGAAGGAGGUUUAUAACUGAUAUAUUGCCCCCGAGGACGCGUAGCGUCCGAGGGCAAUAUAUCAGUUAUAAACCGACUUUCGAGGUUUAUAACUAACUUAUAUCUCAUUUGUGGAGGUUUUCUAACAUAUUUUGUCAUUUUCAAAAAUGUUUGAUGAAAAAUUCUCGCGUUUUGUCGAAAAGUUUGAUGUAAUUAUUUAUUCAAGGUAUAUUAGCUAGUUAUAAACCUCGGACGAUCAAAGAAAACCGACACAAAUGAGAUAUAAUGAUCCUUAUCAUGACUGUACACGUUUGCUUUUACUUUCAGUUUUGUUCAUUACGAAUUGGUUCGUGGACAUUGGACAUCGACAGACAGGAUAUCCAACCAAUGCAAGAAGAAAUGGACCUAACAAUGUUCUCUCCAAACAGUCAAUGGGAAUUGGUCGAAACCUGGGCACAUAGGAACCCCUUGCAACACAGUUGCUGCUCCAAGGAAGUUGCACAAAUUCAGUAUGAUAUUCAUAUCAAACGUCUUCCAUCGUUCUAUAUAUCCAACUUCAUGUUGCCUUGUGCCCUGAUCGCCGCUUUGGCAGCUAUGGUAUUCUUGACUCCAGCAGGUAUGUGAUCGAAUGGUAUUUGAAUUAGAAUAACAAUAUAACUCAUUAUCUAUGUUAGUCAACGUUUAUUCAUAAAUUUGAUCCUUCACCGUCAUGUUGGGAGUAUUGUAUUUUUGCCCAACUAACCAAUAGCAAUGUUUUAGAAAAGUUACCUACAUCCGUGACUCGAACAAUAGAGUAAGUUGGAUUUGGCAAAAAUACAAUACGCAUGUGACGGUGAAGGACCAGAUUUAUGAAUAAACGUUGACUAACAUAGAUGAGUUAUAUUGUUAUUCCAUCAAGCUAUUCUCUAUGCACGUUCCGUUUGCACCGAGAUAGGUUGAUCCUAAUGACAGGGUUAUCCUCAUUCCUGGGUCUGCUCUUGUCUACCAGAAGUUCCUGAGAGAACUCCUGCUGUUAGCACACCUCUUUUGGAAUGCAGCCGUUGUAUCAAGACGUGAAAAUCUGUGAUUUACCAUUGUAAACAGAGCGAGGACAAUGUCUAAAUUAUUCAUAUAUUGUAAUUACCCAAUUCUUUCCAAUGAUCUAUUGUAUUGGUAGCCGUUGCCGUCCUAAAAUCGUAAGGUCUCUAUUGCAAAGGCGACAAGAUCCUUAUGAAUUUGAAUAAAAAGUUAAUGGAGUAUUUAUAAUAACACGGUUCAAAUUUCCUCCCAUAUAAAGGAUGGAAUAACUCGUAUACUGGAUAUUUAGGGAGAGCAGGCAGACAGAGAUAUUCUGUACAAAGAUAGCUUAGUUCACUGCAAAAAAAUUUGAAAAUCCAUUAAAUGGAAAUUGUAUGGACCUUUAUUGGAAAUAGAAUGGAUUUUGAUUAGUAUAGAAUGAUACACUAUGAAUUUAAUGGUGCAAUUGCAAAUGUCAUAGUCCCAGUGGUUAAAUUAGAUUUGGUGGUAGAAUUCGAACAUUUUCAAUGGUAACUUUUCCAACGUUUUGUUAAUAUUUCUCAGAAACCGGCGAACAGCUUGCGGUUGGUGUGACCAUUCUCUUAUCUCUGGUGGUGUUCUUCCUCAUGGUGGAAACAAGAGUUCCCAACACUUCAGAUCAUCUUCCACUGAUUGCCAAAUAUUAUUGUUGUACAGUGAUUGAGAUUUCCGCUGUGUUGGCUAUUACCUGUGUUAUCCACAAAUUUGAACACCACAGUGCUGGGCCGUGUCCUCAAUGGGUACAGGUAUGUACGCGCGUUCUGUUUCAUUACAUCUUACUAUUAUAAGUAAUAGCAUAAAAAGAGGCGAAUAGACAAUUCCCAUUAUAGACUAAUUUUAAAACUAGGCAAGGAGAUGCAAAUAAAUCACCACAGCUAGAAAGAGCAUACUAAAAUUAGUAAAAUUACAAAAUUAGGUUGCGAAAUGUUGUAAAAUGUGGAAAAUAUAGCCUUGCAAAGUUCGCAAAUUUUGUACACUUUUGUAUUGCGUGCGACCAUUUUCGGCCUAAAUGUGGUAGGAAUGUGGUAGGAAUUUCCGCAAGCAAUACAAAAGUAUACAAAAUUUGCGAACUUUGCAAGGCUAUAUUUUCCUCAUUUUACAACAUUUCGCAACCAAACUUUGUAAUUUUACUCAUUUUAGUAUGCUCUUUCUAGCUGUGGUGAUUUAUUUGAGUUUCCUUGCCUAAUUUAAAAAUUAGUCUAUAAUGGGAAUUGUCUAUUAGCUAUUGAAAACGUCCCGCCCGAUGAGGGUCGUUUAGUAAAAUUCCCUUGGGCGCCGCUCGAUGAGAGUCAUUUAGUAAAAUUCCCAAGGCCCGAGGGAAUUUUACUAAAUGACCCGAAUCAUUGAAAAUGAGUUUUAUCCAAUCAUUGAAAAAUAAAAGGAAGAAAAACAAUGGUUGACAUGAUUUGCCAAUAAGCUUAUGAAUUAUUAAUGAUAUUUGAAUAAUAUAAAAAAAUGUUUUGCCUGAUUCUAGAAAUACAUUAUCGGUUACAUGGGCAAGAUGGUUUUCAUGACAUUCGGUAAUGAGAAAAAGAAGAUAGUGAAGGUCAUAAAUGUCUCUGAAGAACCGAACAAAAAGAAAGUUAACUUGGGACCGGCUGAACAUAAACCACCCAACACGUGGAUGAAAAGUAAGUGAAAAACUAGUAGAAUAUUAUUUUUUUAUUUUUAUUAUAUGGACAACUACCGAAUACAAAGCUAUUCUGCAAUUUCAUUGGCUCUCUACUAGCAGGAUAUAUCAGCUUAUGUCUUGCUGCUCAAAAAUUACUAUAUAGUUGUCUGAACGAGAAAAAAUAAUUCUAAUAGCAUUAGGAGGAUCAAACACAGAAUGAAAAUACUCCCAGCAAUUUUUUACAGGUUAGCGAAUAAAUGGUAAUUAUUAAACUAGUUAAGAAUGUAUAUAAAUUAUAUGAUCGGUGUGCAUGUGCAUAUAUUGGUUUUCACAUAUGCUCACAUAUUUAAUGCAGCGAUGCAAUGUUUGUUUUUUUUUCAAUUACGAUGUAAUACCAUGGUGCCAGCCCUUAUGGUUAUUUAAUGGUUUGCCAGUACGCUUAAAAAAUAUACUGCUAAGUUAAGUACCCACCGGGCACACGACGUUGUUUCAACGUUGAAAUUUGGUAGAAAAAAGGUUGCGACGUCGACAACCUAAUAUCUACGUUGCUCUGACGUUGUUUUACAAACAUUGGUUCAACAGCAGCCAACAGACGUUGAAUUAACGUUCAUUCAUGGUUAAAUGUACGACGUCGAUUUGUGAACCAAUCUCAACGUUGUUUUAACGUGGAUUCAACGUUGAAUUAUGGUUGACGAGAUUGCCAACCAAAUUUCAACGUUGUUUCAACGUCGAAACAGUAACGUCGAUCCAAUUUGCAUAGUCAACCCUUUUUCAACGUCUAUCCAACGUCUGGAAGGUCAUUUCCAACGUUGAUUCAACGUUGGGUAAACGUCAUUUUGCCCGCUGGGUACUAGUUAAAACAUGAGCAGCCGAUCUUUAUCUGAUAUACAAAAUCGAGCCGAAGGCGAGAGUUUGUAUAUCAGAUAAAGAUCGGAUGCGAAUGUUUUAACGUGCUUAAAAACCGACCCAUCUUAUGAGUUCAUUGGCGAAGUAAUUUUAAAAAUAAACAUUGUCUAAGCCGGGAAAAUCAAAGCUGAAGUUUAUGUAAAUCAGGACAAAUCUUUAUCCGAUUUACAAACAUUGAUUAAACAUUCAUUUGUUUUGCAUGUAUUUUCCUCAUGAAUUAUUAAUGAAUUUGUAAUUGUAACAUAAUAUUUCCAAGACGGGUAAAUAAAGAUUGAUUUGAUUUGAUUGGUAUAUUUUGAAAAAAAAAUAAUGCAAAAAAGCGAAGAUAAAAACAUGAGGGGAAUCAAAUAAACUGAUGAACUUUAAGCAUGCUGUGUCUUCAAUAUUUUGUUGAAAAGUCUAUUUGAAGUCAAACUCAAUCACAGUCAUAACUACACAUUUUUUAGAAAAAGGAUUUGGGAAACUUUUGGAAAAGAAAACGGAACCAAGUCCAUUUGAAGGCAACAAGAAUGUGGAAGCUAUCGCAAGCAGUAUGAAGGACAACCAAGCAAGCGAGGCUCUUGAGAUGCAGUGGAAACACGCGGCAAAUAUCCUAACCCGGUUCAUGGCUUUGGUCUAUAUGCUGGCGAUUACCAUCACCUUUUUUGCUAUCAUUUAUAACACGGAAGAUCAAGGGGCUGUGUUCCCAAAACCUCAUUAAGACCUUACUUUUAGUACCUUUUUAUGCACCAGGCAGGGGAGGUGUAGGGGUUAAAUUAUAUGACUUUUUGAAUUAGGUUUUACCGUUAGCAGACCCUGGUCGACAUCUUAAACUCCCGUGGGAUUUUUCAUUUCUUUUCUUACGACUUAAAUAUUAGAAAUUUUAGGGACUGUCUGUUCAUAUCUAGCUUAAUAAAGCUCUCAUCAUGCACAGCUUUGAUCAACAUCCAAAAUGAUAUUUCAAAGUUCAAUUGUAGCUUCGGGGCCAUUCACAAAGGAUGUCCGAGCCGGGGGGUGUUGGAAAAUCAGGACAAACUCGGGGGAGAGGGGGGUUUUUAGCAAUCCGGAUGUCCGAAAUUUAAAAAAAUUCAAAAACAAAUUUCUUUUUCCUCUAUUUUGAACUCUCCUUCCCAUUGUCAAAUUGGCAUUUUGAACACUUCAUAUUAUCUAAUUCUUUCCUUCAAUGAUGAAUUCAACAGUGGCGUCAAAUAAAAGCUUUCUGCAUGUAUAACUCUCCUUUUCUAUACAAUAAGUUCAUCCCGUUGUUACAAUAACACAGUUGUUUGUUUUAAUUAAUAAUUUAUAUGUUUUUGUAUUCACAUUUAUAGUUAUAAAAAAGUUCUAAAAGUAAAAAAAGUUUUUUACUCUUGACAUAUACAAGGUUGCGUGAGUUUUUUGCGAGGCAUGGCGGAUGUCCGGGGGGAGAGGAGGUCACUAAUUCGGACAAUGCCGGACAAGGGGAGGGGGGGGGGCUGUCUGAAAAUCCAUCAUUUGGCCGGACAUCCUUUGUGAAUGGCCCCUAAUAGUUUGAUUCUAGUAACAGUAUAAAGUUCAUACAAACAAUCUUUUAAAAAAAACGAUCUUUAAAAAAAUUCGUGAUACGAUUCGUCCCAGCAACCUGGACUGGCCCAUGGGUUGGCCCAGCUAAUUUGAAUAUAUAAUUUGAAUAUAUAUAUAUUCAUAAAACCUUGUGGCAAAUCAUGUCAGUCAUAAUAUGUCACGUGGAGUGACUUUAUUUCUGAUAAAACACAUGUGGCAUUACAUAAUUGUUCAUCCUAAUUGGCAUUCUUAUAUAAAGAAUAUACUAAUGAGACGGCAUCUUUUGUAUAGUCGUAUUUUAAGCUAUUCAAAACACUCGUUGUCGUGUUUUAUCAGAUAUAAAACGCUCGGCUUCGCCUCGAGUUCUAUAUAUGAUAAAACACUCCUAUAACUCGUGUUUUAAAUAGCACUUACAAAUGUUAAAGUCACGAGCACCAAUAUAGCCACCAAGUUCAAUAAGUUAUAUUGUAAAGCUUUAAUGUAUCAUUCUUUAAUGUAUCAGUUAUGGAGUAAAAACCAUUAAGUGGGUGAGACCAAUCUAAUAUGCUAACGUUUAAUAU